UCGAUGUUACGAGGUGGUCUUUUUUUUUUUGCACUUCUCAGUUUGCUAAGAGCGUGAGGGCAGCCCGAAGCGUGAGCCAAAGGGUGAUUUGCAAUGGAGGCACGAAAAAAUGAAAAGAAUGAAGCCAGAGGAAAGGGAGGAAAUAAAGCCUCACAGGGUGACAGAACAGAGAUAAUCUCUGAAGCAGAAAGGAUACCCAGUGUCAGUGCCCUACCCAAGGCGGUGAAGAGGAGAGUUUAUGCUCUGAAGAGACUGCAGGUCCAGAGUGCUCAUAUAGAAGCCAAAUUCUAUGAGGAAGUCCAUGAGCUGGAGAGGAAAUUUGCUGGUCUCUACCAGCCCAUCUUUGACAAGAGGCGAGAGGUGGUGUCGGGAGCAGUGGAGCCAACAGAUGAAGAAUGCGAGUGGCACAGUGAAGGGGAGGAGGAAGAGCUGGCUGAGGAUCUGAAGAAGAAGGCCGCUCUGGAGGAGAAGAAAGAAGAAUCGGCUCCUGCUGAUGACCCAAAGGGCAUCCCAGAGUUCUGGCUUACCAUCUUCAAACAUGUCGACAUGCUGGGGGAAAUGCUACAGGAGCAUGAUGAGCCCAUCCUGAAGCACCUUCAAGAUAUCAAAUUGAAAUUGUCAGAGCCUGGACAGCCAAUGACCUUCACACUGGAGUUCCACUUUGAGCCCAACAGUUACUUCAGCAACACCGUCCUCACCAAAGUCUACAAGAUGAAACCAGAGCCUGAUUCAGCAGACCCCUUUUCUUUUGAAGGGCCAGAGAUAGUGGACUGUGAGGGCUGCAAGAUCGACUGGCACAAAGGCAAGGAUGUAACAGUAAAGACCAUUAAGAAAAAGCAGAAACACAAAGGUAGAGGAACAGUGAGGACGAUCACCAAGGAAGUGCCCCAGGAUUCCUUCUUUAAUUUCUUCAACCCAGUCAAAGCAUCUCCAGAUGGGAUGGACGAGGACCUGGACUUCACUCUAGCCACAGAUUUUGAAAUUGGUCAUUUCUUCAGAGAGAGGAUCAUCCCCAGAGCAGUGCUGUACUUCACAGGAGAGGCUUUGGAAGAUGAUGAAAGUUUUGAAGAGGAGGACCUUGAAGAAGGAGAAGAGGAGGACCUUGACGAGGAGGGUGAAGAGGAAGAUGAAGGAGAUCUUGACCCCACAGCAUGAUUCAUUUCCACUUCCAUGCAUUCCUAGAAGGAGCCUCAGCCGGCUGAGUGUAAGCAGCAGUAAGAACAGAGACGGUUGCAGCUCACCUCUGCAGUCAGUGAAUCUGCUCAGAGCGAGUGAUCUUAGCCCCUGCAGGACCUGCCAUAUAUUCUUCAAUCAACGCAAUAGGAAUCCAAACACGGUGUAGGAAAUGCAUGAUCAUUUAUGUUUACGUUGUACAGAGAUGACCUCUGCAUUCAAAAUAACUGCACUCAUUCAAAUGAAAAAUGAGUGGCUUACAUAUAAGGGUUCUAAAGUUCACCCUUUUUGAUGUAAACGCCUUUUUGUAAGCUCCUGUGUUUGACUGGAAGUUCUAUACAAAGAGGAUAUUAUCUUGUCUGGUUUUUUUUUCAACUUGUAUGUCUUUUCUCAGCUCUUUCUUGCUGUAGCCAUGUUUUAUGAUGUUGCAGAAUCAUGAGUACACCCCUGUUGUUCAUCACACUGUAGGUCACUCAGGGUUUUUUAUGCCAACACAAUAAUUUACUGUCAACCAUGAAACUGCUGUCAAGUUAACUUAUGAUUAAAACUGUCUGUUACAGCACAGUUUAGACAGUGUUGAUUUUGAGAUGACAUUCUUGUCUAGUCUCAUGUAGCUGGAUAAAAUUGAGUACUGUACUAAAGCAGCUAUAAUUUGCCACCGUGACUGAGAUCAGUUCAAUUUCAGUUCAACAGAACACAGCAAGCAAUUGUAUGAUGUUGUUUGAAUGGCUUCAAUGAAACACCCAGGUGCAAGCAAAUUGGAAUUCUGAUCUUUGCUCUUUGCAACUUACAAACACAGGAAAAAGAAAUGUCAUCCUAGUUUAAUAUUCUGUACUGAUCUCAGUCAUGCUGGCCAGAACAAGCCUCAGUUUCAGCAAGUCAGUUACAACUCCAUGUCAGUGUGUGAACAGCCAAAAUGUGUUUUUUGUUUGCUUUUUUCUUUCUGAUAGUUUCUGACUUAUUUUGAAAGCACUGGUUAUUCUUUAUAUUUGCUUUGAUCAUAAACUAAAGGUUGCCAAUGCGUUUAGGUUUUGCUAAGAAAAUUACUUGGAGUGAUGGGAUUUGUGACAUGUAAUGCUUAUCUUCAUUUUGAGUGAUCAGGAACUUGGGGGUAAAGAACAGUAGGUGAAUGUUAGCCUCAUGGCCUCCUUUUGCACAUCAUACCAUGAUAGACCUCACAAAGAAAGCUGUCCUUGUUAUGGUGAAAAUAUAAAGUGUUGAUCACUCUGAAUGAACCACAUUAGACAACAUAGCGUCAUGCACUUUGGUCAUGUUUUUUUGUAAUCAUUACAUUCAUGCACAAAAUCCCUUUUUUUUAAAAGUAGAUCUUGCUUGACAAAGGGCAGAUCUUAUGGUCACUGCCCCCAGUAUUAACUGUAUGCUAGCAAUGGCCUUAUUGGGAUUGUAUUGGGUUUUAAUGCAAUAUUGUUUUUGAUUUGUACAAAAUAGUCAAGAGAAUUCUAUUAAACAUUGUGUAAUGUGAUACAAACUGCAAUAGA